AUGGCGGACCCUCUCCUCGGUCCGUUUGCGGAACUCUGUGGUACUCUUCACGAUCUUCGAGAUCAGGUCGAGCAGUUGUCGCGCGUAUAUGACGCAGUAGACGACUUUAAUUCGGCAUUUGGCGCCUUUCAAGGGGCCAUGGCGUUACACGCGUCGUGUCUUUCGUAUCCCAAGACGGUUCCUUCAACUCGAGGUUUUCGAGACAAGGAGGUGUCUCCAGGGACGGGGAAGCCACAAUCAAGUGUGUCGCCUAAUGAUAAUGAUAUCCAGAAGAAGCAGGAGGAGUCAUUAGGAGGUACAAACAAGAACAAGAACAUGACUGAGGCUCCUAAUGGAGACAAACAGCUGUUAAAGACCAAACAACAGAUGGCAAUUGCUGUCAAGGGCAUCAAAAGACACGGAAAAGUUGCACCUCAUGGACCCAGCAAUACACGGAUCAAGAAACGAAAGACACAGACGACUAAGACAAUACAAUCAGCUUGGACGUGGGAACGUCAUGUUCGAGAAAAAAUUCCACGCAAGUAUCAGAGUCCAGCUGAGCUAAAAAAGCUCGAAAAUAUUGUGCUUUAUCUCAAGAACCGUCACUGCGCCAUUUCUAUCUCGGACCUCGUAAAGCAUAGUGGAUUGCCUGUGAUUCGAUGCAAAGAGAUUUUGCAGACGCUCAUGAAACUUGACAUUAUCGAGCGCAAGCGCGAAAAAUCGGGCUUCGUCUACAGCUUUGGCCCCUCGAACUAA